CAAUGCGCUGCGCCGGGAGCCUGGGCCGAGUCGCCGCCGCAGCUGCAGGGGCGCCCGGGCCGGGUGACGCCGCCGCCGCCCGCGCCCCUCCCAGACCCCGCCGGCCGCAUGGAGCCCCCGGAGGGCGCCAGCCCGGGAGGUGAGUGCGGCCCCAGCCCCCGGGAGCCCCCGAGCCCGCCUUCCACGCAGCGAGCCGCAGCCCCCUCCUUCCGGGCCCACUCAUCGGCCGCGCCCAGGGGCCGCGGAGACCCACCGGCAGCUCCGAGUCCCCGCUGCCCGGGCGGAGCGAGGAAGCCUGGCCCGCCGCGCUGGGGGGCCGGGCCAGGGGCACCUCCCGGGAACAGCCCCCGCGCCGGGCUGCGGGCGCUCGGAGCGCGUCCCCGCCCCCUCGUCCUCUGCGCUCCCGGCCGCCGGGCCGUGUCUGGCGCUAUCCUGGGUGUGUGGCCCAGAGAUUCAUCCCGAACCCCCUUUCAGCCAAGCCGCGGAACCGAGGGUCAGGAGGUGGAGUGUGCCGGGGCCGAAAUCUGGGGUGCGGGUCGGCGAGGCGCGGGGGCGACGCUGCCCGCCUGGCCGCGCAUCUGCUUUGUUCGCCCCAGCCGCGACUCCGGGGUCCAGGGCGGGGAGGCCGCAGCGGGAUCCUGCCGGGCACCGGGCUGACAUAGGGUCGGGGUGGGGUGCCCCGGCUCGGCCUGGGGGGUUGCUGGCGCACACAUCUGGGAGAGCAGGUGUGCACGGAGCGACCCCUCCUCGCAGGCCGAUAGCUGCCCGCGUCUCUGACGAUGAGGUCCCACCCUGGGUACCCACCCCCGGACCUUGGAAUCUGGCCCCAGCAGGCCGGGGGUCAAUGAUGGGAGGAAAACUGUGGGAACCUCCCCCUCAGAGCCCUUUCCGAAAGGGUUUGGGGAUGUCAUUGGCCUAGGAACUUGGAUGCAAACUGUGGGGGUCCUCCACCGCCCUGGCCAGGCCCCAGAUGCAUACUGGUUUCCUGGAGGUCCCAUCCCAAGGAGCCACUCCCUGACACACAAGGACCCGCCGGAGGUCCCCCAGCGACACCAACAGCCUCCUGUGGAGCCCAAGGGCUGGCCCGGGAGGCGUCCAGCAGCAGUGGGCCCACCCGCCGCUGUGUCCGCAGUCUGAGUUAGGCAGGUGCCUUCCAGACGGCUGUCUGGAGACCCUUGCCACCCUCCCUGCAAGGGUCACCAGACACACCUAGGGGCUAGUGGGCGUGAGGUUUCUUUGUUAUGUGUGGGAGGGAUCCAGCUCUUUCUUGCCAUGGACAGCCCCGGGCCCCCUGGGGGUUCCCAGUUGCAGCUUUGUGGGGACGUGAAGGGGAGGAUUUGGAGAGCAGAGCUGGGCCAUGUGGGCUAAGCAGCCGGGCCCCUCUGAGCCUGCGGGUUGUGGAGACAGCCGCCCUUCCCCUGCAGGGCUAUGGGCCCCAGCCUUCUUGGAGGGAGGGCCCCUGGGAGAGGAGCUUAAGACCGUUCAGUUUCUGAAUCUCACUGCCUGGGGGCCUCAGAGACCUAACGCACUGAGGGCACAGACGUGUAUUUGUCAGAUGCCUUCUCUGUGUGGGCCCUGUGUAGGGCUGGGGACAGUCAGGCAGACGGGCUGGCCACACUCAGGGGCUCACCCUUGUUACUGUGUAGCCGUUUCCUGCCUGCACAGACGGCUGGUGGUCUCCACUCCGUGGGAGCUCAGGAGCUCACAGGUGGGUGGCUGUGACUGUCAUUCUCUCAGUUCACUGACUUCUGAAAACUUUAUUUUGGAGAGCGCGGAGCACGCACAGAGUAGAGAGAACAGUACGGUCCAGCCCCGCCUGCCACCUUCCGGCCUGCUCGACCAGACCACCAACCUCCCUUCAAUCAUAAUUUGUAGCAAAUCUAGACAUAUUUUUUCAUCCCCAAGUGUGCGCACACAGAGGGGAGAAGUGAGUGGGGUGUGGCACAGAGCACGACUUGAAGGUUUCCAACUGGUGUGUUUGGAAAACCAGGCUCUAGCCCGCCCCCUCAAGUCUGAGGAACAGCCCUGCCCUCAGGAGGCGGAGCCCUCGCGGGACCCACUGGACUUCCUCGAAAUGCUGGGGGAGGGCAGUAAGUCCAGGGACAAAGGGCUGGGGAGAUGGGGUGCAGGUGCCACCACCUCUGUGACCGUCUCCCCUCCCUGCAGUCGUUUUUUUAAUGAUGUUCGUUUGUGCACUCCAUUAACUCAUUCGUUCUUUCGUUCGUGGGUGUGUGCAGAGCACCUCCCUGAUGCGCAGGGCCAGGCCCUGGGCACGCAGCAGGAAACUUGAGAUUUGGGCCAAGUUCUCGGCAUGAAUGUGACGGAAAAUAGGUCAACAGCAUAGCACCAGGUAACCCUACCGUCUCCACUCAGAUCAGCAGUCGGCCUGGGGCGCAGAACUGUGGCACCCACUACCGUCCCCCACAGGUGUGCUGCCCCUGGGCCUGCACAGCUCAAGGUGGCAGCAGCCCCUGCAGGGGCUGGGGCCUCAUCCCCUUAAGGGACUGCACUGGGCUCACAGCCAGGGUGUCGCUGUCCCACACCCUGGCUUUCCUGGGCAUCAGAAACGCCUGGAAACACCUGCCCUGGCCCAGUGACCCAGGGCUGCUGAGCCACCUAGCUUGCGGCUCGGCCCAGCUGCCAAGCACCCUCACCCCCGUGGCUGCCUGUGUGUCACUCUGCUUGUACCCCAGGAAGAGCAGCAGGCUCACCGUGGAGAAUUGGUCCCUUCUUCCUACAAGGGCUUGUAGACAGGGUAUCACGCAGACCUGGGGAUGCCGCUUGUUAACUGUGGGCUGUGGUCGUGGGUUCAUUCUCUCAACAGACAGUUAUGGUGCACCUACUGUGUGCUGGGACCAAGCCUGGGCCCUGGACUCACACUUCUCAUACCCAAUCGCAGCCUCUGAGCCCGGGGCCUGGCGCAGGGUGAGCACACAGCAGCGUUAGCACCUGUCAACUCCAGCCAAAACCAGCCUUUGUUUCCAUUGAGAAUUUUUUUUAAAUUGAGAUAUAAUUCACAUAUCAUAAAAUUCACCCUUUUAAAGUGUACAAUUAAGUAUUUUUAGUAUAUUCACAAAGUUGUGCAGCCAUCACCACUAGGUGAUUUUAGACUAUUUUCGUCACUCCAGAAGGAGACCUUGUGCCCAAUCACAGUCACUCCUCGUUCCACACAUAUCCUGCCCCCGGAAACCGCCAGUCUACUUCCUAUGUCUUUUCUAACCUACUUCUUUCUCUCUAUGGAUUUGCCUAUUCUGGACAUCUCAUGUGGAAUCAUAAGGAAUCACGUGGCCUUUGGUGACUGGCGUCUUGCCCUUACCAUGAUGUUUUCAGGGUUCACGUGUCAGUGCUUUGUUUCCUUUCAUGGCUGAGUAAUAUUCCACCAUGUGGGCGGAACACAUUUUGUUUACUCGUUCAUCCAUCAGUGGACAUUUGGGUUUGAUUCCACUUUGACUGUUGUGAAUAGUGCUGUGGUGAGCAUAUGUGUGCGUGCACAUGUGUGCGUUUGGGGGCAUGGGUGUGUGCUCCCACUUCUCCUGGGUGGGUGUGUGUAGGAGCAGAAUUGCUGGGUCAUGUGGGGACUCCCCGUUUAAUAGUCUGAGGAACUGCUAGACGGUUUUCCACGGUGGCUGCUCCACUUUACACGCCCGAAUCAGCUGUGCCUCUUCCGGGGCCCGGGACCUCCUGUCCCUGGCAUCUGCCCUGGCAUUUUGACUCUUAGUCUCCUAUUUUCAUCACAUGCUUCCAAUCAAAUGAUCAGUGUCCUUGAUGGCAAAAGUUGCAUCUUAUUCUCUUUCCUCCCCCCACAGCUGUGACACAGGCCAGGGCACAGGAUUUGCAGAACAAAGACCAGACACUGCCAGAGGGAGGUGGGAAAGAAUCAAACAGAAGACAGGCGGUGGUUUCAACAGUGCAGGGUACCAUGUUCUGUUAACUAGGACACCAUCAAUCAUAGAUGCCUCGCUUGGACAGGAUGUUGAAAUCUGAUAAAAUGUGCUUCUCACAGUCAGCAGGACAGGACGCUGAGCCUGUGGGUCUGGAGUUUUGUCCUAGGGGCCCCUGGAUCCCAGGACCUAUAAUGAGGCCUAUUGGUGUUCCCAGCCCCCUCCCCAAGGCAAGAUGGAGAAGGACUGUGCUGUUUGGCUGAGGUCCUGCUUGCCUCUGCCUGUCCCCCAGCUCAGUGCACAUGGGAGGGGGGCAGCACCUGUAGACUUCAUCCUUCCUUCCUGGACUGCAUCCCAUAAAAAUGCAGGUUGAUGCUGUCCCAGCUCAGAACCCGUGAGCGGCUUCUCCCAGCUCACUCAGAGUAGCAGCCACAGUCCUGACGACGUUUCUGUGAUGGGCACCGCCCACCGCCGUUCCUCAGACGCACAGCCAUGCUCCCCUCAGGACCUCUGCUGGUCCGUCUCACCCAGAAACCCACCUCCACCUGGCUCAGGGCCCAGGGACACAGAGCAGCCUCCCAUGGGCACACGGUCAGCCGAGUCUCGCCUCGCUCCUGCCCUGUCCGAUCGCCAGCCCCAUGCCAUGACUCGGGAACAGAGGCCAGCAGGUGGCGGCUGAGACCCUGGAGGCCAUGGUCCCCGGGCCGUGUACCUGAGAUGAGCUGCGUCUCUAAAGCACAAAACUCAGCACUUGUGAUGUUGGUUGAAAAACAGAGAGUGCUGGGACCAUGCCUGUCACAGACCAAUCUGAGAACACGUGAGCUGCUGUCACUGUUCUUGUUGUUAACCCAGAGCCACCUGCCCGUUUGGAGGCUCGAGACAGACAGCAGCACCUGCCCCAAACCGAGCCCCCAGCCCCGACAGCGACCUGCAGCCAUGGGCCCCAUGUGUGGAAUUGUCUGUGUUGUGGGCGCAGCACAGGCCAGUGGGGCACGAGCACACUCCCAUCACACUGACACCCUGGGGGAGGGACCCCGGGGCCACUGCACCAACACCCCUCGAGGAAACAAAGCAAAUCUCCUGCAGACUGAAAGCCCCCAGGGGUCAGUCUUCGACCCUUGACCACAACUCUAAGCUGGACGGCCUGGGCUCGAGGCAGAGCUCAGCUCCCCGUUGCUCCGAGCAGGUCCCAGUCACAUCUCUUGUGCCCUCUGGGUGGGAAGGUGUCCUUGCCAGCUGGGCAUGUGGGACACUGGUGGGUGUAACUCUACCCUCUGAGAAUGCUCAAAAGCCACGUUCCAAAUGCUGCUGAGAGGUGGAAACCGAUCCCUGGAGCCCCCGUCUGUCCUGGCUGGGCCCAGGCCCCAUGUGAUGACACAACAAGGGCAGAGCUCAGCAGUCUGCGGGUCAGCAGGGCUACCUUCCCUCAGCCACACGGCCUAGGGGCGACCUGGCCAGCUCUGCAGCUGCAAAUCGAUGGCAUUAUCUUCUCUCUCAGAUGGGGACCCUCCAGACUCACGUGCCAGCCGGCGUCCAGGCUGCUGACCACACUGUCGGGGAGGACACAGGCAGCUGUUGGCACUAAGGGCCCCAGCCGGGCCCUCCUUGGCGCAACGCUGAAGGCAGCUGCUCCUGUGGCUUCAUCCACACCCCUCUCUCAGUGUUCACCCCGUGGGGUGGGCAGGGCCCUGCUGCAGGGAGCGUGGAGGGCCCUGUUCACUCCAGUCCUUACUGAGCACCUGCUCUGCGGGGGGCCCCUCAGCUGAGGGAUGGUGGGGAUCUGUGGGGAGGGGUCCCAGGAGAGGGCAGCAGUGGGGCCACAGUGGGGACGUGGGGGAGCCAAGGGGUCCAGUUGCCUCAGAGGAUCCUUGAGCUCUCUGAGGGGGGCGAUGGAGCCUGGCCAUUGUGGAGGGGGAGAUGCUGGUGGGCCCGAGGCAUUCUGAGGAGGAGCUAGUAAGGUGUGGAUGGGGGGAUGUGAGCCGACAGGACAGGUGUCGCCCCAGCAACAGAAGGGCACAGUUGGCGCUUUUGUGGGGCCAAGGUCUCAUCUCUGAGUGGCAGUCUCCACCCCAAGGGGCCUCCUGCUCUCAUCCAACGAAAAAUUGUUAAAUAUUAAAAACAAGUAAUUAUAUUUUAAAAAAUAAUAAUUGCAUAGAAAAAACCUGGAGGAACAUUCCUCAAUGGUGAAGCGUGGUUGGUGGUGAGGGGUCGGCUCUUUCCUCCUGUUCUGUAACUCUUCUACUAUGAGAGUGUAUUAUUUUGAAUUCAAAAACAACAUAGAUUUUUUUUUAAAAGGCAGUCCACAGAGGACAGAUAGACGAGCAGGGGCUGUUCUGGGUUAACGGGAGCCAAUGGAGAAGGAAAUGCAUGAGUGACCGCUGGACCCUCGGUUGGAACAGAGUAGAGACAAGUGACAGUGUCAGGACCCUGUGGGCCCUGAGCUGAUGGGACCAGCAGGAAGUCCCACUGAGACCUGCAUGGCCUGUGCUCCAGCACGCAGGGCAAGGUCAUCCCCUUCCUUGUCCACAGCAGGAGGCCACCAUGGAGAAGCCCCUGCCCUUGUCUGGGUCCUGGUCACUGCUCAGAGCCUCCAGUGAGGGCACCAGGAGCCGCAUUCUCUAGUCCUCCCUGCCUGCACCCUGUAGGGUGUGGGAACCCCACGUCUCUUCUUGGGGAGGAGCCCCGUGUCUCCUCCUGGGGGUGUAGGAGCC